AUGGCUCGACAUCUGAAAUCUUGCCGGGCUUUUCAGGCCAAGGUCGUCGAUGAACCGCUCACUCCAACCAGGAGUAGUAAGACGGUCGUUGCCACUGCAAUCAGCCCGCAAUCCCAGCACAGUGCUGAUGGCGACGAAGAAGAGAAGUUGGAGCAUGGCUCCCAGAAUGUGCUAGACCACAAAAGCCCAGAGCAGGACAGUAGCAAGCUCAAUCUUCCCAGGUCAAGCCCGGCCUGGGAAAAAACAAACACACAACUAGAACAACAUAUCACACGCCUGUUUCCAUUGUCAAAAAUACGAAAAAACGAUCCAGACGAUUCACUUGAUCAGAUUACCUCGUUCCUCAGAUUCUUCUUCCUCGACCACACCAUCUCUGAACCCACCCCAGAGCGAAGGUCGAAGAAGCCACGUCAGUCCAAAUGCCUAACUGAGCUCUACAUCAAACGCCGUGCACUGCGUAAGCAAUAUCGAAGGAGAGAUAGGCUUGCCGUCCAUGAGGUUGAGACCAUCAGAUCAGACUACAACCGUGUGCAAAAAGACAUCAAGAAACUGAGAAAGAUCAUCCAAAUACAAGAGCAAGACCGUGAAGCGCAGAAACAGCGGACGGCCUUUCUUAAGGACCCUUACGGGUUUGCAAAACGCAUGUCCCAAAGCAGAUCACGUGUGACACCAACUUUCUCGGAACAGGCCUGCUUUGAGUAUUUCUCCAAACUUUAUGAAGAUCCCUCUCGUGAGCAAAUUUUCUCGGAUCCAGAUUUCUGUCCAGCUACGAGUAAACCGUCCACACCACUAUCUGAUAACAGCCCCAGUUGGAAAGCCUUCCAGAACACUCUGAAAAAAUGUAGAAACAAAUCUGCAGCCGGUCCAAACGGUAUUCCAUACAUAGUGUGGAAAAAGUGCAAAUGUCUGCACGGCAUUCUUUUCAAUAUCUUCGAGAAAGUCUGGAAGACAGGAUCCAUUCCGCUGUCUUGGCAGCUUCUCGCAAAAAGUGACAAUGACUCUGACCCGGCGAAAUUUCGCCCAAUUGCCCUAUCCAACUGUGACGGCAAGAUUUUCUUUGCCAUGUUGUCAAAAGUUCUGACUCGCCACAUGCUGACGAAUGGGUAUUUUGACGGCAUGACCCAGAAAGGUUUCUUGCCGGGUAUGUCCGGUUGUAUUGAACACGCCACUCUUUGUCACGAGGCCAUGAAAGACGCCAAACGCCACAAGCGUUCGAUUGCCAUGGUAUGGAUCGAUUUAAAGAACGCCUUUGGCUCAGUAAAACACAACCUGAUCCAGAGGGCACUGCAACGCUACCACAUCCCGCUGAAAAUCAGGAACCUUAUUUACUCUUACUAUGAGCGUCUGACAGCAUUCAUUAAAAGACCACUCACUCAGACGAUUUAG